AUGUCUGACCCCAAGGAAUGCACCGUCGGCUGGAUCUGCGCCAUCAGUACGGAGUAUACUGCGGCACAAGCUUUUCUUGAUGAAAAGCAUCAGCCACCGGAGCCUCUUUCUCCCGCAGACAACAAUGACUAUACAGUAGGAAAGAUCGGAAGACAUAAGGUGGUCAUCGCUGUUUUACCUUAUGGCGAGUAUGGAACAUCUUCUGCCGCAAAUGUCGCAAGAGACAUGCUGCAUAGCUUCCCUAAUGUCAGGGUCGACCUGAUGGUCGGCAUCGGCGGUGGCGCACCAUCCGCAAAGCAUUACAUUCGUCUGGGAGAUAUAAUGGUCAGCUCUCCUCGAGAUGGGAAGGGUAGGGUGUUUCCGUACGACUUUGGCAAAACGAUACAAAACAAUGCCUUCCAACCAACUGGCGUCCUGAACCAGCCACCAACGGCCUUACGUACGGUAGUUAGCGGAUUGCGGAGCGAUCACGAAAUUGAAGGGAACCAGCUUGAAGAAGCGGUUACCCUUGCUCUAGAGAAAAAGCCCAGAUUGCGGAAGAAGUACAGACGGCCAGACCCAGGUAGCGACAGACUAUACCGAAGCGAGUUUCUUCACCCCUCGGGAACCGAAGAGAGUUGUGUAGUGAUCUGUGGGGAUGAUCUAGCUAACUUAGUACUGCGACCUGAGCGUAUGGAAGACGAAGAUAGUGUGGUGAUUCACUAUGGCUUGCUUGCUUCCGCAAACCAAUUGAUGAAGAACGCUUUGAUCAGAGAUAAACUUGCUGCCGAAGAGGGAGUUUUGUGCUUUGAGAUGGAAGCGGCUGGCCUGAUGAACCAAUUUCCUUGCCUAGUCAUUCGCGGUAUCUGUGACUACGCCGACUCCCAUAAAAAUAAGGAGUGGCAGGGGUUGCGCUGGAUUGGUCGUGGUCGAUGA